UUUGUCUUCCUCUCUCUUCUCUCUCUGAAUCCACGGACUUAUUGCCAUCAGCUUUGCUUUUAAAACUCGCCAAUGAUAAUUAACUCUGCUGCAUUCAUAACUCAGUCGCACCCCAUUUUUUUGUUGCAGAGGCAGAUGUAGUGGUUGGCAGUUGGAAACUUAGUAAUAUGGCUUAAAUUAGCUGCAAAAGUGCAAAUUUUGGCUUCUGGGUUCCCUUCAUUCUUCCCUUUUCUCUUCUGGGUUUCCUGGGGUUUUUGAUUUUUCUGAAGGAGAGAUGGAAAAUGGGAGGAGUCUGAAAUCAUGUUCAUCAUCAUCAGGAGCUUCCUCAAGUGGGUCUUCUUCUUCAGUUGGUGUAGUUGUUGUUGGCCCAGUGAGCCCAAAGUCUCCUCCUUCUGGUUCAUUGGAUAUGUAUGGAAAGAGGAGGCAGCUUGUCAAAGUUCAAGUCUUGGAAAGAGAGAUUGCCCUCCUUCAAGAAGAGUUGAAAGCUGUGGACGUCCUUCAACCAGCUUCAAAGUGCUGCAGAGAGGUUCAUGAAUAUGUUGAUGGUAGACAGGAUCCUUUUAUCUCAAAAAAAGAGGAGUCGCAUCUGUUGCAUAAGCCCUGCCUCUCCUGGAAGCAACUGUGGUAAAACCAAAUUUCCCCUCUUUCACUAAUUGAGCUUAUAAUUAAAUAAAGCUUUCAUCUUGCAAUUAGGACAUGAUUCCCAAUUAUCUACCUAGCUAGAUGGAUAGAGGGACGAAAUAACUUGUGGGAGGCAAGGCAACCUUUUUAUGCUUGUGUUUGUGACACAAAAAUAAGACUAACAAGUGUGGUACAAUUGUUUUGCAACUACCCUCGACAGUCGGCCAUGGGGUUGCUGCCUCAGUGAAUGCCAAUGCCACGUUCGACUCCCCAAAUGUUUGUCCUGUUGUACCUGCCGCCGGCGUCAGAACAGCGGCCGCCGCCAAUCCGGCUCCGACUCCAACUCCAACGCCAAUUGCAGUAGUUGUUGGGGGAAACCAACUUGCAAGAGGGGCAGCUGCAAUGGUUGUUGCCUGAUGAAAAAAACAAUGUCAUGUCUAUCUUGUAGUAACUGUACAAAGGUGAACGGUUGUUGUCCUAGUUGUUCGAACAAUUGCCGCUGCUGCUGCUGCUACAAGUCAUGCUGCUGUCUAUGAGUUCAAUAGCUGCUACAGUUUUCAUUUUGAGUGACAAUGAUAUUACUUUGGGGAAUGCCAGCCAAAGGGGUGAAUUAAGUUACUCAUAAAAGAACUCUCUAACUUGGAGAAAUUUUACAAUGCUAUAUAAUAUUGGUG